AUGGAGGCCAUACGCCAAAGAAUCACCAUCCCGGACUCGAUCAAGCAGAUCCCCGACCAGCUCAAGCCCAAAUCCCCCAAGGCCCUCGACAAGGGCACCGACUCCAUCCCCACCUCCCUGACGCCCACCCCCGUCUCCCCUCCCCUCGCGACCCCGUCCCACGGCGACGUCGGCGCCGUCCUCACAAUCGCCUGCGCGACCCCCAUCGCCGCCAAGCCCACCGCCGUCCUCGCCGCCGUCCUCAACCCGGCAACCUACCCGGCCUGGAACACCUUCGUCCCCAAGGCCACCGUCUCCCGCCCUUCCGGCCUCGCCGUCCCGCCCAUGCUCGCCGACUCCUCCGUCGCGAAGAACCAGCCCGGCGAGCUCCUCCUCGAGGGCACCCACGUCACCUUUGAAGUCCACAUGACGCUCGACCCGGCAAAGACGACCACCAAGCAGGCCCUCGUCGUGACGAAGCUCGAAGAGUACACCCACGCCGCCGCCUCCACCGCCGUCGCAAACGGCGAGACCCAGCCCGUCCACCGCGGCCGCAAGGGCUACCGCGUCUGCUGGAAGACGGGCGGCCUCGUGCCCCCCUUUGUCCUGAAAUCCGAGCGCGUCCAGGAGUUCCUCGAGACCGAGGACGGCAACGGCACAGAGUACCGCUGCUGGGAGACCUUUUACGGUCCCCUCGCCCAGGUCCUCCGCUUCACCAUGGUCGGCCAGCUCGAGACGGGCUUCGCCGCCUGGAUGGAGGGGCUCAAGAACUUUUCCGAGGGAACCCUGACGCAGCCGCCCCCUCCUGCCACGACUGCUCCCGCUACUGAUGCGGCUGCCACGACUGCUGCCACAACUGCGGCCUCGACUACGGCGCCUGCGACUGCUCCGGCUUCCGCGCCCGCUGUUGCCGCUGCCUCGUGA